AUGGACGACAGCGAUGGUGUCGACUCGGAGGAAGAGUCCACGAGAAAAACGUCCCGGGGACUCCUCUCCCUUUUCGUCCACAACCUGACCGCGCCCCAAGAAAAGAUCGACCGUCGUCGCAGUAGAGCCAAAUCCCCUAGCGCCAGGUCCUACCAUCCGCCAGUUGCAACUGCAGGGUACGCACCGGUUGCUCCUCGUGCAGCCCACGAUAUUGCAGCAGGCAGUGCAGCACCCAACGCGGCCGCCGCCGCAUUGCACACAACCCAGGGGACCCAGGUGCCGGCUCACGCAGUACCCGCUUCCAUGGUCCCUCCUCCUACCAUCCCGCGCGCGCCGGUGAGGAGCAUCGCGCAGCCGCGCGACAAUAUCCCUCGCCACCCUGUCGUCACCACGGCCCCGCCUCACCCUGCUGGCGGUCUCCUCCCGGCCAACACGAGCACCACAGCCGGCCGCACCACCGCCACGCCCUGCUCGACACCGCGGGAGGAGGUCGACAUUGUCAUCCACAACCUGCACACCAACGCCCCCGGCACGUCGCGCGCCGUGCGCACCAAGCCCAUGGCCGUGCUCCUGUCCCAUAUAAUGAGCAUAAUUGGCCGAGAAGGCGUGCUGCUGCACAGCGUGGCGGCGACGGCGCACAGCAUCACGAUUGUGCUGGAGGACGGGACACUGUGGACGAAGCGGAAGGGCGGGUUCCGGGACUUUGUGAACGAGCUGCUGGCCAUGGAGGCGGUGGACGGGAACGGAAGCGUAGUCACACAUGACGAUCAUAUCAUGGCGCAUUGA